AUGACGGCCAAUGGCCACACCCUACAGGACUCUCUCCGACUCGCUCAAGAUGAGAAUGCUCGGCUCGCGAGCGCUCUAGAAUCAUCGGAUAACUCAUCGGCUCCUCGCCUAAAGCCGAUCAAGUUGGAAGUCGCCAAGUUCAGUGGUGCGGAGUCCGACAAACUUCUCCGCUGGCUUUUGCAAGUCAAAACUGCCUUUGACGCCCUCGGUAUCUCAGACCAAGCCACCCGCGUGGCUUUAGCGAUGUCGUACUUGAAGGGAUGCGCGGAAGAUUGGGCGUUCUCCAAACGCUUGACAGAUUUUCCGUCCUUCGCGACCUUCAAGAACGAACUGAAGGCAAUGUUCUUGCGGCUCAACAGCAAUUUUCGUUAUCGCUCGCAAUAUUUGGCGUGUAAACAAGGGAAACGUUCCCUCCAGGAAUUCAUCCUUGACUAUUUAGCGGAUAAUGUGUCGGACGAUCCGCACGUUUUCAAUUGCGGUCGCACUCGACACAUCUCUUGCGCUUGCCCGGCUCCUCGCCGUGUAGCGUCAACCGCGCCCUCUACACACGGUCCUUCCCGUGCUCCGCCAGACAACCUCUCACGUCGUCCUCCGAGCGAUCCUCUAGCCGAUUCCAUCGCGAACGACACGGUGCCUCGCGCUCGCUUUUCCGCUCCGCUCCGAGCUCGGGUGCGGCGGGAAAAGGUCGCUCCCAGUAGGCGCAAGGCGACCUACUGGGGACACACUAGGUCCUCCGGAGGUGUGCGGCGCGUGUUUUACACCUUGUAG